AUGGUUCUCAAAUAUUUAAUUGCUAUAGGUAUUGCUGUUGCAAUUAUUCCAUUAGGUAUUCAUCAAAUACCUGAAGGACAUGUUGGAAUAUAUUAUAGAGGUGGUGCACUUCUAACAUCAAUGACUGCACCUGGUUAUCAUGUUAUGGCACCUUUUCUUACAACAGUUAAAGUUGUUCAAACAACAUUACAAACCGAUGAAGUAAAAAAUAUUCCUUGUGGAACUAGUGGUGGAACAAUGAUUUAUUUUGAUAAAAUUGAAGUUGUUAAUAUUUUAAGUCGUGAAGCUGUUAUUGAUAUUGUACGAAAUUAUACUGUAAAUUAUGAUCGAACAUUAAUAUUUGAUAAAAUUCAUCAUGAAGUUAAUCAAUUUUGUUCAGUACAUACACUUCAAGAAGUUUAUAUUGAUUUAUUUUCCAGUAUUGAUGAUCAUCUUAAACGAACAAUACAAAAUGAUUUAAAUAUAUUAGCACCUGGACUUUUUAUUAGUUCAGUUCGAGUAACAAAACCAAAAAUUCCUGAAGCUAUUCGUCGAAAUUAUGAAACAAUGGAACAAGAAAAAACACAAUAUAUGAUAACAACAGCUCAUCAACAAGUUGUUGAAAAAGAAGCAGAAACUGAUCGUCGUCGUGCUGUUAUUGAAGCUGAAAAAUUAGCACAAGUAGCAAAAAUUCAAUAUGAACAAAAAAUUUUAGGAAAAGAAGCUGAAAAACGUAUUGCUGAAAUUGAAGCUGAAAUGCAUUUAGCUAAAGAACGUUCAUUAGCUGAUGCAAAUAAAUAUAAAACUGAUACAGAAGCUGAAUCAAAUAAAGCAAAAUUAACACCAGAAUAUCUUCAAUGGUCAAUGUAUCAAGCAUUAGCACAAAAUACAAAAAUUUAUUUUGGUAAUUCAAUUCCAAAUAUAUUUACAACAGAUAUAAUAACAGAUGAUCAAUCAAAACAAACAAAAUAA